AUGAGAUCUUCCAUCUGGCUCUCAGCCGCUCUCGGCACCGCCACCACCUCGGCCCUGGCUACCAUCGAGGCCGUUGGCAGCAAGUUCUUCACCAGCGAUGGUGACCAGUUCUUCAUCAAGGGAAUCGCUUACCAGUUGGUGCCUGACGAUCCUCUGAUCGACACGGAGCAAUGUCAAAGAGACGCAGAGUUGAUGCAGGAGCUUGGUGCCAACGCCAUUCGCGUCUACCAUGUCGACCCCUCGGCCGACCACAAUGGUUGCAUGCAAGCCUUUGCUGACGUUGGCAUCUAUGCCAUGAUUGACAUGGACACCUUUUCGACCUACAUCCUAGCCAACGACCUUUAUUGGAAUCAGACCCAGUUAGACCGUUACUCAGCCGUCAUGGAUACUUUCCAGGGCUAUGACAACCUACUCGGCCUGUUUGUUGGUAAUGAAAUCAUCACCACCAAUUCCCAGUCUCUGGCCGCUCCCUUUAUUAAAGCUGCUGCCCGAGACUUGAAGGCUUACAGAAACUCCAAGGGUUACCGCGAGAUCCCCAUUGGCUACUCUGCUGCAGACAUUGCCGAGCUUCGACCCAUGCUUCAGGACUAUCUGACUUGUGGCGGUAACUCGUCUGAGAACAUUGACUUCUUUGGCUUGAACUCGUACGAGUGGUGUGAUCCUGCGACAUACGAGACCUCUGGCUACGCAAACCUGGAGGCUGAUGCUUCCAACUUUCCCGUUCCCAUCUUCUUCUCGGAGACUGGAUGCAAUGUGCCCGGUCCUCGUCUCUUUGAGGACCAAGCUGCCAUCUUUGGUUCUGAGAUGGUCAAUGACUGGAGUGGAGCCAUCAUCUACGAAUGGAUUCAGGAGGCCAAUAACUACGGUCUGAUCUCGUAUGGUCCUACUGUUGCCGCUACCGUGGUUGGCACCAACAUCGACGGCGGUUACACUCGCGCUGGAACCCCCACUCCUGUUUCUCCCGACUUCAGCAACCUGAAGAGCCAGUGGGCCUCUGCUACCCCCACUGGUGUCUCCAAGUCCGACUACGACACCGCGAGUGUCUCGACCAGAUCCUGCCCGGCCUCGACCGCAAGCGGCUGGCUUGUCGACGGCAACGUCGCUUUGCCUACUCUUGGAGAGACCUUUACUGGCACAGCUUACUCAACUGUCCCCUCAGCUACGGGCACUGCCGCUGCCGCCGCCGCUACAACAGCUAGCACCAAGAACGCCGUUUCUGGAACUAAGGAGUUGACCGGCAUGGCCGCUGGUCUUGCGGGCGUCAUGAUGAUCUUUGCUUUCUGGCUGUAA